GAGGUCUUUGUCCGUGGUUUUGAGCGGGACACCGAUGACUAUAAGCUAUGCUGUUCCUUUUCUUGUAUGGACAUUAGUGAAAAGCCGAUUCCCUUCCGCCCCAGGGCAUUCAAUUGGUCAAGAUUGGAUAAAGUAUAAUAGGGAAUGCUUGUCAUUCGAUAGAACGCCUAUUCAUUCUAAAAUGUUAGCACUCCAGCUCCUUUGAGUCGAGGAAUCAUGCGGGCAAUGGCGAUUCCAACAUGGGACCGACUCCUUCCCACCAGACAUGUCGGGAACGUAUUUGGGUCUGCAUAAUGCACCCGAAAGUCUAACAGAUAAAACCUGAAAGGCCUAUACAAUGCAAAUGCACAUUUUGUUGCGAGAGACGUGAAUGGCAUUCCCUUGAUUACCAAAACUCGUCCAUCAUCAAUUUUUCGGAAACUUUAAAAAGCAUGAUCUUUUCGGCUUCUGUUGUCCCAUGAAACAGAAAACUUGCGAACAUCUACCUCUGUAUCCUUCACACGACUAACGUUUUAAGUGCUUUAUGUUCCUCAAAUCUCUGUCCACUUCUUGUUGAAGUUAGUUUCUCCUUCAAUAGUGUCUCAAGUUUGCCCCACUGAGAACGUCAAACUUAUAAGAAGGGCCAUGCUGUAGCACCCAUCGCAGCGCACAUAGUUAAUUUUUCUACCUUCCUGCUUCAUACUUUGGCCUAAUUCCAUAAAUAAGAACAAUGUUCCCAAUCUUGGCACAGUCUUUGAUUCCUCUCUCUCUCUCCCUCCUAAUGCAAAUCUGCACACCGCAAGCCGAGGUUGUGGUGCUGCAAAAUGCAACAGUCUCGGCCGUUUUCACGUUUGGUGACUCCAUAUUGGACACAGGCAACAACAACCACCUCAUUACUCUGGUUAAGAGUAAUUUUCCUCCAUAUGGAAGGCAUUUCAUGGGAGGAAAACCGACCGGGAGGUUCAGCAAUGGCAUGAUUCCCUCGGAUUUCUUUGCACGACAACUGGGGAUCAAAGAAUUGUUGCCCGCAUUUCUUGAUCCGAACCUGCAACUUCAAGCCCUCAUCGGAGGCAUCAACUUUGCCUCGGCAGGUGCAGGAUUCGAUCCUCUGACGUCGGAACUCGUGUCUGUCAUACCGAUGUCGACACAAUUACGACUCUUCGAUGAGUACAAAACGAAGCUGAAGAGCUCUAUAGGAGAGGAGAGAGCGGACUCUAUUGUUGCCAACGGCCUGUAUAUUGUGUCUGCAGGGAGCAACGACAUUGCCGCUACGUAUUUGCAUACCCCAACCCGGAUAUUUAACUACAGCAUUCCUUCUUACACAGAACUUUUGGUGCGUUCGGCUUCAUCCUUCUUGCAGGAACUACACAUAAAGGGUGCUCGGAGGAUCGGUGUCUUCAGCUUGAGUCCACUCGGGUGCACACCCUUGCAGAGAACUCUGGCCAGUGGAAUCGAGAGAAGAUGCGCAGAGGAUGACAAUCGAAUGGCUCAACUGUUCAACUCGAAGUUAUCAUUGGAGCUGCAUCGCCUCAACGGAGCCUUCCCUCAUGCCAAGAUGGCCCUUGUCGACGCCUACGGGCUUCUGCUCGACAUUAUGAAGAAUCCGGCAGCAUACGGGUUUGAAAUCUCGGACCGAGGGUGCUGCGGCUCGGGCCUAAUAGAGACCGGGUUCAUGUGCAGCCAGUGGGAUUUCUUGACAUGCUCGAACGCCUCAGGGCAUGUGUUUUGGGACGCCUUUCAUCCCACGGAGAAUGCCUACAGGAUUCUGGUCCAGGGUCUGCUGGGGAAGCUCCUGGUCGACCUAUACUCAUGAAUCAUGAUGAUGCCGACGGCGGCG